AUGUCUGAAAAAGAGAAAGGAAAGGAAGUGCGGAAAGCACCGCCAUCCGAUGCGUCAGACAAACCAUCUGGACAGGGUACCUCGGGCAAUAAAUCAAUGGCCAGCAGAAUCCAGGACUCUGCAUCUGGUCUCCUCAGAAACGCCAUCUCUGCUCCUGGGGCACAUAGCCUACCUGCAGAUCUAGCACAGUCCCUGGCAAACGGCAGCAAGGCCGGUUCAUCUGCCCCGCGCGGACUCUCCGCCGGCUCAUCAGCAGCAGCGGAAAGCUUUCUAUCACAGGGUGCGAGCGGGCUUGGUUCUACCGCAUCAGAGCACGGUGCAAACAGCUCUGUUCCCGCACCCUUUCGAUCAGGAGUGACACAGCAAGGCGGGUUUAGUUUGGAUCCAUUAGCCCAGGACGACUUCCAGCGUGGCGUUGAUAACAACUUUCUAUACAACGACGUCGAUGUUUCCGAUGCAAAAGGGAAGGGGAAAGAGAGAGAUCAAGAAGCCUCUUCAGACAGUGAUCUGACGACAUUCAACACCACGUGGGAAGCCCAUCAUCACGUACAGGAAACACAUAUCCCGAUUACGCAAACUGCGCAUCCAACAAUAUUACCCUCUGACGGUUCCGCCGUCGUGUCCCUUCUCUCAGACCCAUCUUUCCAACCUGAACUUCUGCCAACAGAAGAAGACCCAAUUGACUCGACAGACCUAGACUCAGCACCGCCAUUAACGGCAUCAGAGGUGCAGAUUAUCGAGUCCUUCCGGCGCCACCCAUCAAUGGCUUCAGGGACGCAGGGACAGCAACAGAGAAUCACAUCGACGAGCUUGAUUCCCGAUAUCGACGCUUUCCUAGCUCAGGACUCCCCCGCCACAGACACGGCUGCUCUCCGUGACUCGGUCCUCCAGAAUCUUCCUGGCGCAGGGGACUGGAUGGCUGUUGAGGAGAGAUAUCACGACGAAGUCUGGGGACAUCUGCGACCCGCCCUCGAAGCUGCGCAGAAAGAGAUCGAGGAGAAGAACGAGGGCGCCCCUCCGAGCGCGGAGGGCCCUGCUGUACGGAGGUUGCGGAUGAUCUUGCAACACAUGCAGAAAUGA